AAUGCUCUCACGUGCAAGCCACGUCUCCUUCUCGUCUUUUUACACCGCUGCGCCUACGCAGCAGGCAGAAACCAAUACUCAUACUAAUUCUCUUGCUUUUUCUUUUCCCUCUCAGUAUCUCUGAAACAAAAGCCACCAAAAUCUCCUUCCAUCUAUGUCCUUGUGUUUCUCGACACUUGCCAAUCACUUUCUUUUCUUUCUACGACCUUCUUCAUCUCUUUAGACUGAAUCUUUGAUUGCCAGUUGCUUUUAUCCUUUGAGCAAUUCAAGGCAACAAGUUUGGACUUGCCUAAAAGAGUAUACUCAGAUGGGUCACCGAUAUUGCAAUAUGGUCCUACUCCUAUCAUCUUUGCCCCUGAUUCUCUCCUCCCCACAGAUACUUUGAAUUCUUUGCAUUUUAAACCUUCCUGGUUUUCAAAUCUUCGAAAUCUUGAAUUUUGGGCCAGCACCGAUAUCACUGCUGCUCAUUUCUUGAUUUCGUUUCCUAUUUCCAAAUCAUGCCAAUCUUAAAAAUCUUGAAACCACAGACUAUAGUUUAGUCGGUCAAAAUCUUUGACUUGUUAUAUCUUUUUUUUCACACGCAAUUCCAAGGAGUAUGAUCAUCCAUGAAUCUCACACACUAGUCUCUCAUUGCAACUCCAUAAUUCUUGCAAAUCUUUCAUGAUCUUGUAAAUACAAUAACAAGAAUGAUGAUCAGAUAACAUAUAUGCAUUAGGCCUUAACCUUUUAGUCAACUCCCACUUAUUUGCCAAAACUGAAAUUGGGUCGUUGACAGUUGCAUAUAUGGAGGCAAAAAGCAGAGAGCACUGCAAGAUCAGAAAGCGAGGAAAUUCAUCUUCUUCCUCGUCCUCACUGAUCCAAAAGUACAGAUUCAAGCGAGCAAUUCUGGUUGGGAAGAGAGGUGGGUCUACCACUCCUGUCCCAACGUGGAAAACAAGCACCAAAUCUCCAACUUUAUCAAUGCCAAAUGCAGAAUCCACCAAGUGUCCACCCUCUCAAAGUGGGGGCAAAGCUAAAGAAGCUUCGGUUUCUGCAAGAAAAUUGGCUGCUACUUUGUGGGAGAUCAAUAACAUUCCUUCACCGAGAGUUAGAAAGGAUUUAGAAACGGUAGCAGAUACUAAAGAGCUGAGAAGCAGAGAAAAAGUUGCAAAGUUCCCACAUUUGUCAGAUCCAUCUUACACUCCAAUUCCAGAGAAGAUGGAUCGAUCUAGAGGAAAUGGUCAUAGGAGAAGGGCAUCAUUUGCUAGAAAGAAAUUUGGGGUGACUGAUUAUAAUGUGGGAGGCUUGGACUCUGUUAGUAAUGCAAGUUUGAUGGAGAUUGAAACUCAUACCAAGGGCAAGACUCACAAGGAAUGUAUAAUUGGAAUUAAAACCCGUUUGAAGGAUGUUAGCAAUGGCUUGACCACAUCCAAAGAACUUCUGAAAGUUCUGAACCGUAUCUGGAGUCUUGAUGAGCAGCACUCUUCAGGCAUGUCCCUUGUCUCAGCACUUCGUGUUGAGCUUGAUCGAGCCCGCGUCCAGGUCGAUCAAUUGAUUAAAGAACAGCGCUUUAACCGCAAUGAGAUCGAGUUCCUUUUGAAGCAUUUUGAAGAAGAAAAGGCAGCUUGGAAAAGCAAAGAGCGAGAUAGGAUUCACAAUGCCAUAGCAUGCAUUGCAGAGGAGCUUGAAGUAGAGAAGAAAUUAAGAAGACAGACAGAGAGGUUGAAUAAGAAGCUUGGAAAAGAAUUGGCAGAUACAAAGGCAUCUUUGUCACAGGCUUUGAAAGAGCUUGAGAGUGAGAAGAGGGCAAAGGAGAUAUUGGAGCAAGUCUGCGACGAGUUGGCCAGAGGCAUUGGAGAAGACAGAGCUGAGGUCGAAGAAUUGAAAAGAGAAUCUGCAAAAGUUAGGGAGGAGAUGGAAAAAGAAAGGGAAAUGCUUCAGCUCGCUGAUGUGUUGCGUGAAGAAAGGGUCCAGAUGAAGCUCUCUGAAGCUAAAUAUCAUUUCGAAGAGAAAAAUGCAGCAGUUGAGAGGCUAAGAAAUGAGCUUGAGUCCUACCUCAAGGAAAAAGUAGCAGGUAAAGAAAAUGAUCGUGACUCUCCAAAUUAUGAAAGAAUUAAAGAGCUUGAGGCUUAUUUGAAGGAGAUACAAAAUGGAUCAUCACAAAGGGCUGAGAAAGAAGCAAACGUUGGGGUAAUAGAAAAUGGAGAAGUUCAUGAUGGAGAUGAUUCAGCUGAUAGCGAUCUUCACUCCAUUGAAUUAAACAUGGACAACAUCAGCAAAAGCUACAAGUGGAGUUAUGCUUGUGAUAGUGAUGCUUUAGAUAAUCUGAAGCGGGUCUCAGUAGAUAGAGAUUUUAAGGGGAGAAAGUCUAUCUCUGAGAACAUUCAAUGGGGAAGCAUCUGUUUGCAAAGAAAAAAUUCCUAUAGCAUGGAUGGUCCUGACUGGGAUUUCAUUAGUAAAAGUCAGGAAAAAUCAGAUGUGCUUGAUAGGGAAAGAUUAUCUGAACUUGAUUUGCAUUCUCAGACACGGGAUCCUGAAGAUGAAAUUAUGCAAUAUAGAUCAGUGAAAAGCCUUAGAGACCACGUUUUAUCUAAUUCUAAAAGGCAACCUAUACAAAACUUUGCCAGUCCAACAAGGCAGUGGGAGCCUUUGCAGGAUGCUGGAAGUGCGGUUUCAGAUAGUUCACCAGUGCUGCAAGGUGAUUUUUUGAAACCCUAGUUAGUGGGAACAAGAGGCGAACGCCGGACUUUAACAAGUUCAAGACAUUAAACCCUUUACCUAUCACAUUUUGCUUGCAGAAAUGUUGUGCUUGCAUUUCCUUUCUUCGAGAAAUGUUCAAAAUCUCCCAGUAGCUAAUUCAUUUGUAAAUAGAAUCAUAUGCAAAAGCUGUAUGAAUCUUACUUGCCAAGAAGCACUUUAUUUAUGCUGUA